AUGCGUCUGGACUGGCUCUCCGGAGCAACUUUACUCCUAAGUGGAGUCUGCGUCAACGUUGCGGCCUCAAGGAGCCAGAAGACAGUCGAGAAACCAGUUCCAAAGCCUGACAAGGACGGGAAAUACUGGAUCCACGGACAAGGCAUUUCGGCAGCGUUCGUCCCUUAUGGGGCUUCGGUCUCAAACCUUCUUAUCAAGGACCAGUACGGCAUACAACGAGAUGUCGUGACAGGCUUUGACAACGCCACUUACUAUACCCUUGACCGGCAGCACCCCCACUUUGGAGGAGUCCCUGGCCGCUACGCAAACCGUAUCAAGAACAGCUCCUUUGAAUUAGACGGACAGUCCUAUCAGAUCACGGCCAACGAGAAUCCCACCCCCGAGCACCCAGCUGGGCUUGAUACGCUUCAUGGUGGGCCGGAUGGUUGGGAUUGGCGAAACUUCACCGUCGUUGCCCACAGCAACACCAGCAUUACCUUUUCCAUUGUCGACCCGGACGGCAAGGAGGGGUUUCCCGGAGAGGUAGUCUCUUUCAUUACCUACACGCUUGGCAACAUGACUUGGGAUUUUAAGAUGGUUGCCAUCCCCACGACCAAGAAGACGCCCAUCAUGUUGAGCAGCCACACAUACUGGAACCUGGAUGGCUUUGCCAACAACGAGACGCAGAGUGUUCUGAACCACACUUUCUACCUACCAUAUAGCGGCCAACGCGUGGCCGUAGAUAACAUUCUCAUCCCAACCGGCGACAUUGUUGCCAACAAAGAGGGAUCGGUAAACGACUUUUGGAGCGCGCCAAAACAAAUAGGGCGCAGCUUCUCAGAUCCUGAGCUCGAGGGUAAUUGCGGCUUCAACUGCACUGGAUAUGACAACUGCUGGCUAGUUAACCGCGACCAAGAUGGCCCCUAUGACUGGCGCUUGGACGGUUUUGUGGCCCGCCUACAGUCCGCAUGGUCAGGUAUUCAGCUCGACGUUUACUCGGAUCAGGAAGCCUUCCAGAUGUACUCGUGCAACGGUCAAAAUGGGUCGAUGGCGCUAAAGAAGACCCAGGGUUUGUUUGACAACCCGAAAUUCCCGCGAACGAUCCCCCAGUAUGGGUGCGUCGUUCUCGAGGUGGAGGACUGGGUCGAUGGAAUCAACCAGCCGGAAUGGCAGCGCAGCAGCAAGCAGAUCUUUGAGCCGGGUGGUGACCCAUACGUUCUCCAGGCCAGCUACCGGUUCAGCAUCAACUCGACAGCGACGCCGUUAUAA